UGACUUUUCUUCCGUGGACGUCGCGUAGAGGCGAGACGCGCGACAGCUCGCGAACGGAUCGUCCCGAGGAGGUCACUCGUCGGAUUCGGCAGGGUGCGAUGUCAAGCCAAAUAUGCCUCAAGUGGAACAGCUUCUUGAGCAACAUCGCCACGAGCUUCGAGAGCCUCUGGGAGGAAGAGGGUCUAGUCGACGUGACCCUGGCGAGUGACGGACAGUGUCUCACCGCUCACAAGGUGAUACUCUCAGCGAGCAGUCCCUUCUUCAAGAAGGUUUUUCAGACCAACCCAUGCCAGCAUCCAGUGAUAAUACUUCAAGACGUACACUUCAGCGAAUUGGAGGCACUUCUCAUAUUUAUUUACAAGGGCGAGGUGAAUAUCGAGCAGAAGAACCUGCCAGCCUUGCUAAAAGCUGCAGAGACUCUGCAGAUCAGAGGUCUCUCUGGGGGAGAUAUCUUUGCUAAGGAAUCGUAUAAGAGGCUCGCCGAACUCGAGCAGCCUUUAUCCGAAGAGGCUGCGUCGAUACUCGAAGAGACUCCUAAGAAAAAACAGAAAAUCAGCAAAGUGCAAAACAAUUCUAUAUUGGAAAAAGCUCUGACGCCACAGAUAUCGCAGUCUGAAACAGUCAGUGAAUCAACAAAUAGUGAGAGGAGCUUUAAGGAGCCCGAUUUACCUGAAUCAUUACCGAAUCCGGUUAACCAACGAUUAGAAAUGAAAUUGGAACCAUUUGAGAUGUCCGUAGAGGAUCUUCAAAAACAUUCACCAGCAGGAAAAGAACUUGCGGAACGCCUGGACACGGGACAAAGAGACUGCACUAUAGGGUCUGGGAACAGCCCUGCUGAAGACAUUUCCGGUUUGUCCGGGUUGUCGGGCCUAACCGGAUUCUCCGACGUGAAGCCACUGCUUUACGCGUAUCAGCAGCUGCCCUACGCGGACCUGCUUCCUAGUCCGGACGUGAUCUCUACCUGGGCCUCCUCUCGUCCAAUGGACCACCUGGCCUGCGACCUCAUGAAGAUCCUCUUUACGCCGGAGGAGCGAAUACUUUGCAACGUGAAUGGCAAGAUGGGCAAGCAGCAGUUCGACAGCAACAAGAUCCACCUCAUACGAGAGGUACUCCUUCACUUUAGUGGCAUCGCACCUAACAGCGUAGAAUGGGAGGAGGCAUGGAAGAACUGCGUCACCAAGAUCGACACCAGCAACCGAGGCCUCAAGAGGUAUCUGUUUCAGAGGCGCUCCGUCUACCCCCAAUGACUAGGGCGUUUCAAGUCAGGGGUCAAACGGAAACGUUUCCACUGGCUGGAAUAGAAAUGUACCCGUCGUCCUUUCUAGCCGAUCUGGAUGGGCUUCGAGUGACAGUUUGGUGUCGAGGUCUUUAGGUGGAUGUAAGUAACGACUGCAGAGACCGAAGGAUUCGCAAGGAGGCAAGUGCAAUAGCGUCGACAGGACUGCCAGUUCUGACGGGGAUCGGAGAGGUGGUUCCGGUAACCUUGAGGAAGGUGGUGCAUCGGUGAUCUGGCUUCGUAACAGCAGGUGACAGGUGCUCGCGGAAGUCAGACGUGUUCCGAGGGUGAUCGGAUUCUUAGUAUACGCAGAGGUCGAGUUAUUUAUACGCUUCCGUUUGCUGCCGAUGCAAAUGAUAGUUCUAAACCCUACGAUGUAAUUUCUCUCACCGAUUUCCUUGUAGUCCUUUGCAAGAUGGUAGAAUGUUACGCAGUCGUAGACUCGAUAGUCUUUUCCUUCGUUCGCUGUGUCUUAGGAUGAACUCACCCUUGUGGAAGAGAACAAUAUAGACUGCAUAUGGAAACCAUGUAUAUGUAUGUGUAGUUUCCUAUCUGAAUCAGGGCGUUUUAUCUAAUUUGUAUAUAAUUGAGAGGUUUUAUUUAAUUUGUAAAUAAUUUAGAGAUUACCAGGAGAUUGUUUGGGGAACCGUUUGUAUUUUAUACGUGAGUUUACACAUCUCUGAACACGGAUGUGUGGAUACGAUUAUAUAUGUACGCACGACUUAUUUGAAACUCAUUUAUGGGAUACACGUGUUUAGGAAACAACGUAUAAAUUGUAUGCAAAUUGGGUAUUGCUCUUAGAUGAUAUACUAUGAAUGAACGUAUAAGUAUGCUUUGUACACAGGAUGCGAUGCCAAACUUUAUUGUCUCAAAUGACUUUCUUAUCGUAGCAUUGGAAAUUUACAGAAAGUCACAAGGUGCAAGUAUGUUGUCUUCGGAGCCUCUACUUGGAUAACUUGAAAUACCUUCCGAUGGUUUCCUGGGUGUCGGUUACUUUACAUUUGGCUCCAUCGAACAACCUUGUGUACGAUAUGUAUUUUUCUACAGUCUGCAACGAGGCGAAAGAGUUAUUUGGGGUAAUAGGAAUUCCACUGGUGAUCCUGUAGAAUCGACGGGAUUUUCUUCUGCACGGGUCGUACCGUCCAAUUAUUUGUGAUCUGGCGUUUCCGAGAUUCGCCGAAAGAGACUUGUCCUUCGUUGAUCCUUUUUCUAAGGUACCUUAAGUAACGUGUCACAUUCCUUUAAUGUUUAAAGUACGGUGUUCACGCGAGUAUGCACUAACCGUAGAAAGGUAUUUUUCUGUAGUACAAGAGGAUAUACUGCAUUCCUUAAGGGGAUGUUAAAGUGGCAUCCGAAAGAUCAAUCGUCCAUGAAACUUUUCUCCAAACUGGGU